AUGGACGAGCCAUCAGCUUCAGAGAGCACACCGCUCCUUGCAGGAUCAUCUUUAGUGCAUAUAGACCCUCCUCCUGUGGGAUCCUCCUCACUUUUGCACACUAGCUUAUCCUUCAGUCAACAAUCUUUCAGGGAAUCAGAAGGUUCAUCAUCUCAUUUCGCCUCUGCUCGCUUGAAGAAUGUUAGACCAAAGAUUCGAGCAGACACCAUGGACUGA